AUGGCAGCUUUAGACAACCUUCCGUGGAUAGACUCCAUGUCGCCCUCAUCGAACACCCAAGAUCAUGGCCAGUCGGACUCUCAACCGCCGACGGUCGCUGCCUUCUCUCCGUCGACGAUUACCGGCUCGGCUCUGACCUCGCGCCAGCGCUCCAGUGUCAUCGUACAUCGAAAAUCACCUCUCCUAGUGGCCACACCGCCAGCUAUCACUCGAGCCUUGGCAUACUCGCACCCGUUCAUACUUCCUCUAAAUAAAUUUGUUGGUAUCCUGACAUGGACUUCUGGAGACCCGUGGCAGAGUUUUCUGCUGGUAUCUACCUUUUGGACUAUCGUGCUAUAUGGCGAUACUAUCAUUCUUUGGGCAGGACCGAUCCUGGUCGUGGUCACGUUGAUCCUCGGCAUGUAUGGACGUCGUUACUCGCCUCUGUCGUCAACUGCAUCAACAGGCGAAAAGCACAAGACCAAGGUUGCCCCAGAUAGCUCACUGCGUCAUCAGAAGAGUCUUGAUGAAAUCGUUGAAACCCUCCGUAUCUUCACAACCAGAUGCAAUAUUCUCCUCGAACCUCUACUCGACCUCACCGACUUCCUAUCCACCCAACGUACUCCCACAUCGGCGACUACAAAACCUGCGCUGACAGCUCUGUUCAUCCGUAUCCUCUUAGUCACCCCUGUCUGGAUCGGUCUGACUCUACCUCCAUUCUACAUACUCACCACACGCCGCGUCGUCAUGACCGUCGGCACUAUUGUUUUGACCUACCAUUCCCGACCCGCCAGGGUGUCGCGUGUCAUUUUGUGGCGGUCUAGAGCCGUGCGUCGGCUGUGUGCCGCAGCUACGGGCCUCUCCGUCACCGAUACCCCGAGCAGUCCACAAAAGGCCCCAGCUCAAGCCGAAGGCGAAAAGCAAGGCUUAAACAUUUCAACGCGGCGGCGUGGAAACAAUGCCGGUGUGCGGUUCACGUUUGUUGUCUAUGAGAAUCAGCGCCGCUGGCUGGGUAUCGGGUGGACUUACUCGUUGUUCCCCGCAGAACGUGAUGCCUGGACAGACGAACACAUGAACGCAGUGAAUCCCAAGGAUUCCUUUGAGUUACCAGAAGUUCAAACAGGAGAUGCCAAAUGGCGCUGGGUGGAGGGAAGUGAAUGGCGCAUCGAAGGAGCGGACAACUUUAAUGGAAAAUCGGACUCGAAGGGGUCAACCGGCGAAGGAUGGAUCUACUAUGAUAACAAGUGGAAUGACGGUCGCCGCGGUCAAGACGGAUGGGAUCGCUAUACCCGUCGACGCAAGUGGUACCGUGACGCUGAAUUGGCGGACCUAUCACCUCAAGACACCCAGAGUUCCUCCGCAGAAACCACUUCCGGGCUCACGCGGGCACUCGAAAAGGAGAAAGAACAGACGAACGACGACAACGCCGACGCACAAAGCAUCGCGCCAUCCACCUCCUCCAAAUCUCAACGUCGGCGCUGGUUCAGCGGUACCUAUGACAAGGAAAUGACUUCCCCUAGCGGGCCGCCCGCUGACAGUGGGCGUGCAAAUGCCUCGCGACCCAUCAGCAUCAAAAAUGCCCGUAAAUUGUCUCAUGCCCGCGAAGGAAGUGUGACAACUAGUGACAGCGCCAGUUUGCGCGAGAAGGAGAUAGCGAAUUCGCAAGAUCAUCUCGACCGGUGGUCAACUCGAGCUGCGGGCGGGACGGAAAGGGCCGAAAGGGAAUGGGGGCUGAGCGAUGAGGUGAACAUGGGGUUGAGUUGA